AAGCACAAACUUGAAAAAAACCUGGAAAAGAAACCGGGAAAACCGGGAAAAAAAACCUGGAAAGCGAAGCUGGAAGCGGCCGGAGCACGGGAAUUCCUCCCGCGGAGCUCCCGCUGCUCCCGAUCCCCCCUCCCGGGGCUCCGUCAUCGACACCGCCUCAUUAAUUUAAUUAAUUAAUUAACGGCUCCCAGUGCUGAUCCCGCUCGGAGAGCGCUGCUGGAAAAGCCAGGCCGGGACUUUUCCCGAUAUCCCAAAAAAAAUUCCAAGCUCGGCAGGAGGUGGAAAAUCCCGGGAGGAAGGAGAAGAUGGCGUGGGAUCCAAACUGGGAUUUUUUGGGAUUUUCCUGCCUCGUCCUGCUCCGAUCCCGACUUUCCCUGGCGCAGCUGAUCGAGGCCACCACAGCUCCUCCCAAGAAAAAGCCGGAUCCGGUGACGUCGGAGACCGUGGUGAUCUGGGGGCUGCGCCUCUGGCAGGUGGUCGGGAUCUUCGCCCUCUUCGUCCUUUCCAUCAUUAUCACGCUGUGCUGCAUCUUCAAGUGCCGGAUCCCGCGCACGCGGAAGGAGAUCGAGGCUCGCUACGCCCAGCGCCAGGCGGCCAAAAACUACGCGGACAAACUGGACACGGUGCCACCCCUGGGCGAGCUCACCGAAAUUCCCGGAGCUCAGGUUGCAGAAGAAAAAAAAGAGGAAGAAGUUCCCACUGUGUCCGGAAAAGUGGACAAGGCUCAGGGAAAGAAGGAUGGAUCCAAAGGCUCCAAGAAAAAGGACGGGGAGAAGGAGCAGAAGGAAGAAUCCAAGAAGGAAGGGAAGGACGGAGCCAAAAAAAAAGACGGAGAAAAGGGGGAGAAAGGGGAAAAAGGAGGAAAAGAGGAAAAAGGGGGGAAAGGAGAAAAGGGGGAAAAGGAAAAGGGGGAAAAGGGAAAGGACACAAACGACAAGAAACAAGGGAAAAAGGGGGAGAAAGAAGGCGAAGCUGGAAAAUCCGGAGGCGCCAAAACUGACGGAAAAGCCGGUGGGAAUUCCAAAGCUCCGGCAAAGAAGAAGUGACAUCCCAGAAGGAUGGGGCUGGAAUUUUUUUUGGGAAUGCUCUGGCAAAUUGCUGGGGGAGGAGCACUUGGAGCAGGAUGUGCUUUUCCAGAUAUUCCUGUGGGAUACUCUUGGAUGCAUGGAUUUCUUCCCAUUGGGAGAUGGAGCCAUCGGGAUUCGGCUCUGCGAAGGAAAACUGGGAAUUUGGUUGCAUAAUCAAGAAAAAUAUCCAGUGGGAAUUGGAUAGACGUGAACCAGAAGCUGGAAUGGGAAUGAGGACUUUGGAUAAACAUGGGAAUGCUCAGGGAUAAGGAUCCAAACUAAAGAAGAAUGGGAUUCAUCCUGAAUUUCUUCUCCUGGGGGACCUGGAGAAGUUGGAGAAAGAUUUCCUGGCACUCAGCACCUCCUCGUGGGGAAUUUUAGACAUUAUGUAAAUUCUGGGAAAAUCCCAAAGGAUGGAAUUUUCCAAGGUGUGGCUCCUGUGGAUUCCAAGAGGUUUUUGGGAACAUGGGAAUUUUUCCUUCCUUCUCCAGUGCCUCUUUCCCAGGAUUGUUGCUGGAAACACCAGGAAUUCCAUCUUUUCCCGGAGAUUUAUCAACAUUUUCCCAACUUUUUUGCUGAGGAAGGCCAGUUCUGAGACCAGGAAUUCCGCUCUGCUUCCAUGUGGUUGCUAUUGCCUCCCUUCCCAGGAAUUCCUGUGGAGUGGAUUUAUCCAGAGCGGCAUUUUCCAGCUCUAUUGGGAAUAUUCCAGCAAUUUCUGCCUUAAAAUUUUCAGUUGGGGGGAUUUAACUCUGGAUUUUUUUGGGGAUAACAUGGAAAAUCUUGGGAUAAUUAAAAUUCAGGAUAUCCUGGAGCUGUUUGCUCCAUAAGGAGAAUUCCCUCCAAUCCUUUAUCCCCAGGAAUGGGAUUUAUUUGAUAUUUAAUUGAUUUUUUUUGUUUGUUUUUGUUUUUGUUUUUUUUUUGUUUUCAGCUGUUUUCCAGCUGUUUUUCCAACCUGGAUGUAUCAGUGCCAAGAUUUUUCCCACUUUUCCUUUUCCCAAUUUUCCUUUCCCUUCUGUCCCACCCAACUCAUCCUGGUGGGAAAUGAGCCUGGAAAAUUGAAGGGAAUUUUCUGUCUCAGUGAGGUCGCUCAGCUCCAAAAUGUCCCAAAAUUCCAGAGCACCUGAAAAGGCAGAAAACUUAAGGAGAGACAUUGGCAAUGAUGUUCAGAAACCUGGGAAUGUUUGGGAAGAGAAUGAUCCAGGGAAAUCUGGAAUUCCAACAUUGGGAAUUCUGUGCCUGGACACAGAGGAGCCCUAAAUCUCCAUCCUUGGAAUGGCACUGAUAGAAAAGUGGGAAUAGGGAUACAAAGAUUGGAUUUCUUUGGAAUUUCCAACCCAAUCCAAAUUUUUCAAGGCCGUUUAUAAUCAGGAACCAUGACAAAAAAAAAAAAAAAAAUUUUCCAUUGGCUUCAGGCUUUGCUCCCUGGGAUCUGCUGGAUCCAUGGGAAUUUUGGGAAAGGAUAUUUAUGCCUUAAAAACUCCAGGAUGGGAUCCAACUGGGAUUGGGACAGGAAAACUCAGAUUCCUGUCCUGCAGUUGGAAUCGUGCUGGAAAUUUGGGAUGUGGCUCUAUUUGGAGGGAAGAGGAGUGGAUUUAUUCCUGAUCCAAAGGUUUCCAGGAGGAAAAUCCGCUCCUUCUCUUUUCCAUGGAAUUCCUUCUCCCUCAUCCAACUUCCAUCCCUAUCUUGUUAAAAAUAAUCAAAAUCUGAAAUAAAAUAUUCAUUGGGAUUGGGGAAUCCUUUAAAA